UUAUUAUUUUUACCACUUAAAGAAAGAAUGAUAAGACAAGUGAAGAUAAACCCUACUUAAGACAUAUAAAAUCCUCUAAUAAAAUAACUUAAAACUUCAUCUGAUACAUUCUAUAUUCCAAAUAGAUCAAGCUCCUCUGAGUUUAUCAGAACAAUAAAGUAGAAUUCGCCUGAGUAGGUCUAGCAUGUUUCUCCAAUUUAGUACAUUAAUAGUACAGGAUAUGCUUAAUUGAAAUAGAAUAAUGCAGUCAGUGUAAAUUAAGUUGUUGCAGCACCAGGAUAGAAUAAUAAGCAUCGCUCUUUAUCACCUUGUAAUUAAUCACAGACUUCUAAUUAAGUUAAUAUGGUGUUUUUUAAUGAUUCUAUUCAAAAUAUGAUCCACUCCCCUUUAUCUUCGACUUCAAACAGUUUCUACUCUUCUUAAAAUAAUUAGUAGAAUUAAAAUUAAAAGAAAGCUAUAUAGAUCCAAUAAUAGUAAUAAUAAUUAUAAAAUAAUGUAAAUAAAUCUGGCACAUUUUCUCCUGCUUAAGUACCUCUUUAACCCUUAUAAAUAAACAACAACUAGAUAAAUUAGCAGCAAGUCCAAUAAAAUCCUGGUAUUUAGCUUUUAAAAGGAUAGCAAAUUUAAUAAAAUAUCCCACUUUAGAAGCAGACAAUGAAAUUAUAAAACUAAUUUUAAGUUUAGUCUACUUAGUAGAAUGAUUAAAUGGUUUUUGCUCUAGGUGGAAAAGUAAAUGACUUAAGCCAAGAAAUUCAAAGACUGCUAUCUCUUAAUGAGAAACUCAUUUAGGAAGCAUUAUCUUGGAGAUAAAAGUUUGAAUUAUGCAACAUGAGAAAAUAAAUUUUGGAGCAAGAAUUAGAAUAAAGAAAGCUUAUGGUUAAAACCUAUUCUUAAAAUCUUUUACUAAAUGAUGAAGCCACAAAUAUGAAUGAUACUAAUGAAAAAUUAGAAGACUCAUGCUAGUCAUCAGAUCACCAAGACGCGAAAAACUACAAAAAAGCCAAAAAAUAAAAACUAUCUUUUAAUUAGAGCGAACAAGACAUUCCUGAAGAUUCUUAAGCCAGUGAAAAUUAAGGAUAUACAGAAGACUCAACUGAAUAAAUCAAGAAAAAGAGCAGUAAGAACAAAAAGUCAAAUAAGGAUUACAAUUUUUAGCAUAUUGUAAAGCAAAUAAGUUCUUUAGAGAAUUUAAAGAAAAUGAAUAGAGUGGAAGAUUUGCACUAAUAAAUAUAAAAACUGAUAGAAGAAAACUAAAUACUUAAAUAGCAGAUGAGACUAAGUGGAAGUAGUGAUGAAGUUUUUUCAGACUCAAGUUUUGUGCUUGACGAAUAAGAAGAAGAGGAACUUCGUAAACAAUAAAUAAACACAGAAGAAUACUACAAAAAGAUGUCACUAAAGGAGAAAAUAAAGUGGAAGAUUACUAGUCUGUCUACUAGAUGUGCUAAAUUAGAGAAAGAAUUAACAGAAUCAAAAGUUUAAAGCUGGAACUUGCAAAAGUAGCUAUAAUCGUAUGACAGUAAAGAAGAUAUGAGAGGUAUUAUGCUCCAGAAAUAUGAAUAGGAAAAAUCUACUUUACCUGUCAAUUUGCCUAACAAGAUUUUAGAUUAGGAGUACAACACAAAAUCAAGUGUUACUUAGUAGAAACAACUUUAUCAGUUUUUAGAUGGUAACAAUAUAUUUUAUCAUCAGUAAACAAAUUAACUAACACCUAAAAGUAGCACUAAUUUGCAGCCAUCAAAUUAACAAUAUCAAGUCAAUUUUAAUUUUUAAUAAGGCUCUCCAAAGACUAUGAACAACUCAAAUAAUAAUAAGCAUUUAUUUAAUAAUCAACAUUAAAAUUCAUCGCUAGACUAAUAAAGUAAAUAAGAGGGAUCUGAAUACAGAUAUCAUUCAGAUUAGAAUAAAACUUUCAAGAAAAAUGAUUCUUCGUAAGAUUAAAAAUCAUCAACUUCUAGCAAUUCUUAUGCAAAAGAAAUAAUAGAAAAAGCCAUUAAUUAUGCAGGAGAAAGAUAUCCUUAAAUAAACAAUCCUAGCCAGUCAGUUAAAACAAUUGAAUACAACUACAGCUAAUCAUUUUAACUAAAGAGUUAGAGCUUCAAUAGUAAUUCAAAUACUACUAAAUAAUAAAUUAAAGAAAAUUUUAUAAAUUCUGUUGCUGAAUCUUCAAAAUAAAGUGAAUCACAAAAUCAAUCAGGGAUUAUUCCUGUUUCAUAACUAAAGAAUGAUUUUAAGCUAAAUAAUAUGAGUAAAUCUCCGAAUAGUGAUAAAUAUUCAGAGAAAUUUUUGAAUACUCAAAAAUAGGUACAAUAGCAAAAAUCUUAGCAUUAAUUUUUAAAACAAUAAAAGAAUGAUGAAAAUUAUAAUAACAAAACCCUUGGUGAUUUAAACUGCUAGGCUACUAGAGAUGAUAACUAUAAUUUUUCUAAUUUAGAAAUAACAACCAAAUAGUAUCAAUCUGAGAUGCAGAAACUAGCUGAAAAAUAAAAAUAAUAAUUACAAAAACUAUAAGAAAAAGUGCAUGCUAGAGAAGUAUCAAUUAUAAAAGAAAAUGAGUUGAUGAAGCAAGAAUCAGGUAGUAAGAAUAAAUUCAAUUAUGAAUUCUAGAACAUUAAAAAGAUUAGUGCAAACUAAAAAGCUAAUAUCUUACAAUAUAAUCAAAAUCAAUAAUCUCCUUAAUCACCUCUCUCAGAAUUUUAAGUAAAGUGUGCUGGAGGUUCUGUUAACAGAUAUUAAUAGAAUGCACAAGAUGUAAAAAGCUAAAAUAAUUAAAACACUUCACUUCAAGAUAUCAAUUUUUAAAAUUCUGAAACUUAAGUGUCAGCUUACUCUAAAAUGAAUACCGCUCUCACCAUACAAAAUGAUCAUAAAUCAAAUCCUUCUACAAAAUCUUAUAUUAAUUGCAGUAAAAGUGAAGUUAAUAUCUUCAACAGUGGUGAAUAAAGAAUAUUUGAUAAUAAUGAUGAUCUAUAUGCUAGUGCAAAUAGUGAAUCCUUUAGAGUUAACCACAGCUUUAGCGAUAAAGAAAAUUAAUUUUCUUCUAGAAAAAAAAGUUUUUAGCAAUAGCUAUCUCCCUAGUUUGUAUAUUAAAGCAACGAUAGCUUCUAGCCAAAUAACAACUAUUGA